AUGUCGACGAUGACCAGCACUGAUAUGGGCGAACUCAAGCGCCCCUCCACGCGCGUGCAUGCCCCUCCUGGUGGUGGCUCUACUUGGAGCUUUGGUGACGAACGCCCUACGCCGACUACUACAACAGGCCGCAAGCGUUUUAACCAGUUACCGACACAAAUUCAACAAGAUACCAAGAUGGAAUCCCCUCGUGCAGCUCCUGUUCCCAUCCCUACAACAGUUGAAACGGCUACGAAAGCUCCGGAAGGAACCGUUCGUGUGGCACUUAUCAAGACACGAAGUGACGCUGUGCUAGUGGACCGAGUGAUGCAAAAUUGCUUUGAGAAGUUGGAGAGUCAAUCCGUGAGCUCUGAGACGUUCACAGUGGCUUCUCUAGAGCAAUUGCCAUAUGCUGCCAACAAAUUGACUGAGUUUGGAGGCUUUGAUGGCGUCAUUUGCUGUGGAUUUCUUAACACACAAGACCCACAGUUUGCAGCCUUGAGUGCAGCGUUAACGCAAAGCUUUAUUGACAUCAGUGUGAAGAAUGUGCGUCCUGUGGUACGUGCAGUGUUUGUCGGAGAGCCUCGUGUCGCAUCCGUACGGGUAAAAGGGGGAUGGGGUGGUGAACUUGCUGAUGGGAUGGUGUCAUCAAUCCAUUUGGGCGGGUUUAAGGGAUCCAAGUAA